GUUAGAGACACUUUCAGCACAGCCCUCGUCAAAAAUAUAAUCACUGUGUGCAUCUGGCUGGCUCUCAGUUACAUCAACGGGGCUCUGGUCCUCACCUUCUUCAAAAACCAAGCUUUUUACGAGGAUCCGCGAUACAUUCUGUUCAUCCACAUGGUCAUCAACGAUGCUGUUCAGCUGACUGUUACAGUUAUGUUAUUUGUUGUGAGUUAUGUUUUCUUCAAAAUCAAUGUGUCUGUCUGCUUCAGUCUUAUUUUCCUUGCUUACUUUACCACUAUGAACACCCCUCUGAGUCUCGCAGGGAUGGCUAUUGAGCGUUACGUAGCCAUCUGCAACCCCUUGCGGCACUCUCAGAUCUGCACAGUGCGCAGGACACACAUUCUCAUUGCUGUGAUCUGGGCUGCAGGUGCUGUCCCUUCACUAACAGACCUGUUUAUUACUUUAGCCACAGAACCUGUCGAUUUUUUUCACUCAUCUAUUUUCUGUAUUCAUAGUAAUAUGUAUAGGUCACCUGCAGUAUAUUAUAAAAAUCAGGCAUUUGAUAUCUUGUACUUCUCCUUUGUUUCUCUCACUAUAAUUUACACUUAUUUGAGGAUUAUGUUUGCAGCAAGGGCAGCCACCACUGACAGAUCUUCUGCUGCAAAGGCUCGCAACACCAUCCUGCUGCACGGGGUCCAGUUGUUAAUGUGCAUGCUGACGUACGUCAGGCCUGUAUUAGAGGUAGCUCUGAUUGGUGCUUUCCCAAAACAUGUUUUAGAAAUCCGAUAUGCUUAUUAUUUGGUAAUAUAUAUUCUACCUAGAUUUUUGAGUCCUGUAGUCUACGGUGUCAGAGAUGACAAGCUUCGAAAAUACCUUAAGGGUUACCUUGUGUGUAAACUCCUACAAGUUAGACCGAUUACAGAUCCGGAAAGAUAA